GAAAAUGAUUUCUCCUUUCAGGUGAGCUUUGAUGAAUGUGAUUCAAGAUAUAUAUUAUAUAGUCUAUAUUUUUAGAAUUAUAGAUCAAUCAAUUGAUGGGAGCAACUGGCAUCAAAGCACACAUACCGAAGUCUGGUGAAUUAGAGUGUUGUAUCUGUUCUAGCAAUGUUUACUUAUUGACGUUUGUACUUUGUUUAUUUACAUGUUUUCCUUGUUACAAACGUAUACAAACAAUAACCAAUUAUGAUCAAAGAUUUCGUCAUUGCAGCACCGACCCGGGAAGACAAAUGAAGUCAGGAUUUUAACUGUGGUUUCACUUUUUCAUAUUUUCGUUAUAAAAAUGAGUUAGAAAAUGCCAGGAAAUGAUGUUCGAUAUUUAACUGCGGCAAAUAUCCACCAUCCUGUGCGAACAUCAAGAAGUACCAUAGCAUGGUGGAUUUUAUUAGGACUUUUCGUUGGACUAUUUGGUGUUGUGUAUGUACAUACAGUAGGUGUUGGAUAUGCAAUCGUAGAACACAUCAAUGGUACAUAUGACUUCGUGAUAAUUGGUGGCGGAACAGCAGGGUCGGUGCUUGCCAAUCGUCUUUCAGAGGAUCCUGGUAUAAAAGUCCUUGUUUUAGAGGCAGGAGGGGAGGAGGAUAGAAUUCCGAAUGUAGACAUCCCUCUCCUUUCUUCUUUCCUGCGUUAUAAAGAGUUUGAUUGGAAUUACUUUACGGAACCACAGUCAAAAGCAUUCCAAGGAUUCAAAGAUAAGAAAUGUCACUUGCCUCAAGGGCGUGUGAUAGGAGGAUCAAGUACCUUAAACAGAAUGUUAUAUUUAAGAGGUAGUCCUGCAGUAUACAAUAACUGGGAAGAAAAUGGAGGGUUUGGUUGGAGCUACAAAGACGUUAUUCCAUAUUUUCUAAAGUCUGAAGAUCUACAGAUUGACGACUUGAAAUUAAGUGCCUAUCAUUCCACUGGUGGUCCUCUGACAGUAACUGAUGGAUCUCAUCCACAGCUUACGUCUAUAAUGCAAAUUGGAGCAGCUCAGUUAGGGUAUAAAUAUACAGACUGCAAUGGAAAAGACCCAGUUGGUUUUUGCAAAAACCAAGUAACGAUUAAUAGAGGAGAAAGGCUUCACACAGCAUCAGCAUACAUACGGCCAAGUAUGAAGCGUAAAAACUUACACAUAGCACUCUACUCUCACGUAAUCAAGAUACUUAUUUCGAAUGGUAAAGCUGUGGGAGUGGAAUAUUUACGCAAUGGUAGAAAAGCAACGGUUGGUGCGACAAGGGAGGUAAUUUUGUCAGCAGGUCCAAUAUCAUCGCCACAGAUACUGAUCAUGUCUGGAAUAGGACCUGAAAUACAACUACUUGAUUUAAAAAUACCUCCAAAAGCUAUAUUACCUGUUGGCGAAAAAUUACAAGAUCAGAUUAUAUUUCCAUUAACAUUCCAUAUGAACGAAACAUAUACAAUAACACCUGCCAGAUCUACAAGUAUUAUUAAUAGAUUGAAGUAUAGACUUACAGCUAAAGGUAUGUUGUCAUCAAACGGUGGUAUCCUUGGUCAUCUGCUACUGGACACCACGAAUUCAUCUUCAGCCAACAAACAAGCGGACGUCAUGAUUAGUAUGGCCGCCAUUUUAUCACAACAUUGGGAAAGUUCAGCAACAACUGAACGAAUGAUGCAAAAUGGACAAGGUAAUGGUAAAGUAACAGAAGGAUUUACAUUGUAUAUACAGUUACUAUCGCCAGCUAGUAGGGGCAAUAUGUCAAUUACAAGUACCAAUCCAUUUGAUCAACCAAUUAUAGAUCCACAAUAUCUUACAGAUGAACAGGACAUCAAAGCAUUAAUAACUGGUAUAAGAACUGGCAUAAAGUUGACGAAAACAAAAUCUUUUAAAAAGAUUAUACCAAGAUUUCCACCGCAUUUAUAUAAAAAAUGUAGUGGCAACAAACCAAACAGUGAUGCCUAUUUUGAGUGUGUUAUCAGAUACACCGCAAUACCAGCAAGCAACAUUGUAGGCACAAAUAGAAUGGGAGGCAGUAAUGAUAACACCUCUGUAGUUGACCAUCAGCUCAGGGUCAAAGGUAUAGAUAAGUUGAGAGUGGUAGAUUCAUCGGUUAUGCCUUCUCAUGUUUCUGGAGAUUUAUAUGCACCAAUCGUAAUGAUGGCAGAGAAAGCUUCAGACAUUAUCAAGUCGACAUACGGAAAAACAUACAAGAAAAACAGAUUACGCUAGUUUACGGGCAUAUAAUUGAAUCGCACAUUCUUGCGACAGUCUCCUCAAUGUACAACUUUAUAUCAUCAGAACACCAAGAACAGUCAUUUAAACCUUUUUUUAAAGAGAACUUUAUUUCAAAUAGAUAAGAGAUGUGAUAUUUGUCAAUUGGGUAGCAGCUAAACAACAGAGAAGAAGAGACUUAUUUCAUUGUGUCUAAAGAUUCACAUUUAGGUACAAUGACUGAUGAAUUCCAGCGACCACGGAAGUAAAUCAGGCCCCUCAAUAAUGAUGUUGCACAAUUUACUUAUUACAUCUCUUUCCUGAAUAUAAUGUAUCGUAUGAGGAAAGCUUAUGACGCUUUCCUGCCAGUUGUUUAUACAGAGGUGAGGGUUUUUGACUCGUAUUGAAUUCGAAUCGGCGUGUUCUCGUAUUAGAUCAUGUUGUAUGGUCAGAGAAAGAUGAUGCAAAAGAAGAACUAUUUCAUAUUCUGGUUAAUAAAACGCAGAAAGUCAGAGAACUCACGAUAUUUGUUCUUAUUUUCACAGUUGUAAAUAAGUUGUGUAUAUAUAGCAAGAAGGGAAGAAUGACCCAUAAUAUAGAUGAAUAGCAUGUAUGUACAGGAUCUUGUUUUUAUAUUUGUAGAAGCUAUAAUGUAUAUAAUUGAUAAUUGUAUUGUAAUAAUUAUUAACCAUAAUAUAAUUCAAACGGAUGAAUUAAUCAAGUGGACCUCGUUUUAUUUUGAGUAUCAAAAAUUCUGAGCGAUUAGUGGAGUAUAAAUUAAGUGACUAUCUUUUAGAACUUAGCAGCUAAUAGUAUGAUACAUGUAGGUAAGUUUUUUUCGACGUUGCAAACCGAUCUAAUGAGAUGAAACAUAGAACAUAUUUACAUAUAGCAUAUAUACUGUUUUACAUAUUUUUUCUGUUCUGUUUCUUUCAUAACAACUAAUAUUUUAACUUUCAAAUGGAGUUUUCUUUAUGAUAAUAACUAAUAAAUGUAUGCAUACUAC